GUUAGAUCUCACAUGAGAAGCAUCUGCUACUUGGAAGAGAACUAAGAGGCCAACAGAUCCAAACCCACCAGCACAACCAUGAAGCCAGGCAGCUUUUUCCUCCUCACGCUGAUGGUCUUCUUUUUGUACUCAGGUGCUGCUACUGAAGCAAUAAAUGAACGGAAGUAUUGCCUUGGGUAUCCAAAAGGGGCAUGCACCAAGGAGUUUAAUCCCCACUGUGGCUCUGAUGGCAUCACUUAUGACAACAAGUGUAUUUUCUGCAAUGCAUAUAUCGCAAGUAGAAGAGUACUGAGACUGAGGCACCUUGGCGAAUGUGCUAAAGACUAAAGAACAUCUAUGAAGGGAAAUGUCACUUUCUCUUCACUCCUCACCCAUACCAUCACCACAAAGAAAUAUAUUCUUCCUUCUGCUUAUAUAGUGGUACCUCAGGUUAAGUACUUAAUUCG